CAGAGCUGUCAAAGCGAGCAGGGGUGGCGCGGCUGUGGGAGAGCCGCACAGCCCCGAGUCCCCGGCUCCCGCUUGCCAGUGCCAGUCUGCAAGGCCGGGAGGCAGCCAUGAACCGCGAGGAGCAGUACUACGCGGCCACACAGCUGUACAAGGACCCGUGUGCAUUCCAGCGCGGCCCUGCGCCGGAGUUCAGCGUCAGCCCCCCAGCGUGCCUUUACAUGGGCCGCCAGCCCCCGCCGCCGCCGCCCCCGUUUCCGGGGGCCCUGGGCGCGCUGGAGCAGGGCAGCCCUCCGGACAUCUCCCCGUACGAGGUGCCCGCCCUCGCUGACGACCCCGGGGUGGCGCACCUCCACCACCACCUCCCUGCUCAGCUUGCGCUCCCCCACCCGCCGGCCGGGCCCUUUCCGGAUGGGGCCGAGCCUGGGGCCCUGGAGGAGCCAAGCCGUGUCCAGCUGCCUUUCCCGUGGAUGAAAUCUACCAAGGCCCACGCGUGGAAAGGCCAGUGGGCAGGCGGCGCCUACGCAGCCGAGCCCGAGGAGAGCAAGCGGACGCGCACGGCCUACACUCGAGCGCAGCUGCUGGAGCUGGAGAAGGAGUUCCUCUUCAAUAAAUACAUCUCGCGUCCACGCCGGGUGGAGCUGGCCGUCAUGCUAAACUUGACGGAGAGGCACAUCAAGAUCUGGUUCCAAAACCGCCGCAUGAAGUGGAAAAAGGAGGAAGACAAGAAGCGCAGCUGCGGGAGCGCGGCCAGAGGUGGCGGGGACGUGGAGCAGGACUGUGCGGUGACCUCGGGCGAGGAGCUGCUGGCUCUGCCGCCGCCGCCGCCCCCCGGGGGUGCUGUGCCGCCCGCUGCGUCUGCCACCGCGCGAGAGGGCCGCCUGCCGCCUGGCCUUAGCACGUCACCGCAGCCCUCCAGCGUCGCGACCCGGCGGCCGCAGGAACCCCGGUGAGAAAUGCGGGCUCCUCCCUGCCAGCGGCCUCGGCCACUCGCAGAGAAGAGGGGAGCGGGCCUGGGACCGGGGUAUGGACGACCGGCCCUGGAGACUGGAUGGGGAGGGAGCUGCGGGGCGCACCCCAGACGGGGAGGGUCGAGAACCUGCGUUUUCAGGCGCCCGUGCCGAUUGCGGCGCCUUGGGGAGAGGCUGGCAGGCCUCCUGCAAGAAGAGAUGCUUUCUGUGAUAUCUGGGGCCUCUUCUGGCGGUUAUCGCUGGAUUGGCGAGUCUGCUGCUGUUGUGUAGGUCCCAGCACUCCAGAACUGGGACCUCUUCAGGGAAACCAACUCCUCAAAAGACAGCAGGAACUGUACAAACUGGAACGAUGCUCCAGCACACUGCAGGCAAGCUGGGUGGAGUGGCUUGGUCUGCCCAAGAGCCAUUUUUACUCUGGCUUCCUCCUUAAUUUGUGGAAAUAAUUGAAAGGAAACAUACGUGGCUUCAAAGACCCAGUGAAAUCAAUACCCACGGAAUAGAAUAAUUCCUGUUCCUCUCCCUUCUUAAAUUUUUUUAGCAUUGCCACAUACUUCACCAGCACAUAUCCUUUAUCCUGCAUCUCUUUUCCUCUUAAAGAAGAGAACAUUUGCAAGGGUGGCUGGACAGCGGCAGCACCGGGGUGUAGGGGCAGGGCCAGCGUCUCUGUUGCACCCUGUUGGUUCAACACUUGGAGAGAAGGCAAAGGAAGAUGAUGGGCCUGGGGCAUGAGAUUUGGUGGAGAAAGACAGACCCCCUGAGAGAUGACUAAACUGAAGGCAUUUGGAGCCGUGUGCUGAGCAAGCGGAUUUAGCUCCUAGUCUCAGGGCAGGGGAGGCAGUGUGGAAAGGAAAGCAGAGAGGCCCGACCCACCUUGGAAACUAAUCACAGAGUCGGUGCGAUUUCUAAUCUUUAGAAAUGAUGGAAACGUAUGUGGUUGGAGAGUUUGGAAAAGGGGCUAUUUUUAUUUAAAGUUUUUAAAUGAACAGUUCUUUACAGGCGGCAGAUCUGUGAUUUCCAGGUCAGUCGCUCA